AUUCAUAUUUUAGCUUUACCAAUUUUGGAAGAACAGAUUGCCAAGGGAACUGAAUCAGGAGUUAUGCUGCAGUCAAUACUGCUCAGUGGUCAAAGCAUUCCAGAUGAACUUGUCAUAAAGCUAAUGUUGGAGAAGCUCAACUCCUUGGAAGUUUCUCACUUUGGUAUGUUUAUUUUUAUAUAUCGGUGGCUCUCAAAGCAACCUUAUAGAUUCCUAGGGUCUGGGUACAAUGAUACUGGCUACCUCUCAAUGCGUAAGGCCCUUAAACUCAUCACUCAGAAAAUUCAGGCCUAUCAAAUACUGGCCUAUCAGGCAUUUAUUGCAGAAAUGCAGAUGGUGGCUGAAAUUCUUCAACAUGUAGUUCAGAGACCUGAGGAUUAUUUGGAAAAUAUUGAAAACAUCGUUAAACUUUAUAAGGAAAUAAUUCUCCAUCCGUUAGAAGUAGUUGAAGAAAACACGAAUAGGUUUUCUGGUGCCCCGAAGUAUGGAGGGUGGAUACUGGACAACUGCCCUGCUAUAAAAGAACUGUGGAUAGUCUUAAUUGAGAAAGGAAUUAUACCUGAUUUAGUCAUCUCUUUAUCAGAUACAGAAAACAAUGGAAAAUAUUUACUUAAUAGACUGUAUUUAGAGAAUAAGACUGAAGUUGACUCUAAGAUUUUAGGAAGAUUAUUAGAUGAACUACAAAAGAAAAAAAGAGAGGAAGAAGCAGCAAGAAAGUUGUCCUUAUGUCUUGUUGACAAGAAGCUUGUUAAUGAAGAUAGAAUUAAAGAGAAGAGAAGGCACUUAGGAGAUACAAAGCACUUUUGUCCAGUGUUUCUCAAAGAAAACUUCAUCCUACAACCAGGCAGCAGAGACGAAGCAGCUAAAUAUCGAGAAAAGAUCUACUACUUUUCAAGUCCUGAGGCUAAAGAAAAGUUUCUGGAGCAUCCUGAGGAGUACGUGGCUCAUAAAGAACCAUUAAAGGCUCCUCCAGUAAGAAUAUGCCUUAUAGGCCCCCGUGGCUCUGGCAAAACUGUCUGUGGAAGACAGUUAGCAGAAAAAUGGGGCAUUUUUCACAUUCAGUUUGAAGAAUUUCUUCAAGAGAAACUAAUGCUCAAAACCAAAAAGAAAAUUGGAAGUGAAUUUGAAGAAGUUUCUGAUGAAGAACGGUUUACAAAACAAGAACUUGAAGAACUUGCAAUUCAGGCCAAUGUCAAGAUUGAAGAAGAAAAUACAAGGAAGCCGCCUCCAGACGUACAACUUACAGAAGAAGAAGAAGCAAUCAAAUUAAAUCUACUGGAAAAUGAGCCAUUACCUCCCGAAAUUCUUGAAACAAUUCUUUCUGAGUGGUGGCUUAAGGAACCAAUACGUUCCACAGGUUUUAUAUUAGAUGGUUUCCCACGAUAUCCUGAGGAAGCCCUGUUUCUGGGGGAACGUGGAUUUUUCCCAGAUGCUGCUGUUUUUAUACAAGUUGAUGAUCAAGAUAUUUCUGAUCGACUCCUUCCUUCCCAAAUUGAAAAGUGGAAACAGAAACAAAAGAAAAAAUUAGAAAGGAAAAAACUCAUCAAAGAAUUGAAGGCAAAAAUCAAGGAUGAUAUGAUUUCCAAAAGAAGGGCUGAACUUCUAGCAAAGAGAGAAAAAAAACAUAAAGCGGAGAUGGAUAAAGAAGAUGAAGACUUCAGUGAAGAAGAGCCUGAAGAUGAAGAUGAUAUUGACAACAUCCUUGAAGAUGAAUUUCCGAAAGACGAGGAAGUGAUGAGUGAGGAAGAUGAAGAACAGGAAAUUGAUGCACUUGAGCGCCUGAGAGGUGAACUGGGAGAAAAAUUUGAAGCAGAUAUGAGUAAUUUACAAGUAAUACAGGAUGAAUUUGAGAAGCUUUUGAUCCCAGUAAUUCUCAUUAAUGGAGCUCGGAAAAUCCACAUUGUACAAUAUAAUAUGAAUAUGAAGCUGAAACCACUGGUGGAGAAUCGUGAGAGCAUUUUUGAAAAAUGUUAUCCAAUAGCAUCCCACCUUGCCCAAAAAAUGCUCAGCUAUACCUAUAAGUAUGUCAGCGCAUUUGGCUACUGGGACCCCGUAAAGCUAAGUGAAGGAGAGACAAUCAAACCAAUUGAAACUUCAGAGAAUCCAGUCCAUGCUGUAAUCCAUCGUCAGUAUAUUUAUUUUUUAUCUAGUAAGGAAACUAAAGAAAAAUUUAUGAAGAACCCAAUCAAAUAUAUCCGCCAACCCAAACCUAAGCCCACUGUGCCCAUUAGGGUUAUAAUUCUGGGCCCUCCAAAAUCUGGGAAAACUACAGUUGCCCAAAAAAUUUCAAGUGAAUAUGGCUUAAAGCGUUUGUCAAUAGGAGAAGCUUUGCGUUACAUAUUAAACAGCCAACCAGACACAGAGCUGGCACUCAUGUUAAAUUGGCAUCUUCAUAAAGGAAUGACAGCACCUGAUGAACUGGCUAUUCAAGCCUUAGAAAUCUGUCUGAUGGAAAGUGUAUGUAAUACUGCAGGUGUUGUCAUCGAUGGCUACCCUGUAACUAAAUACCAAAUGAGUCUCUUGGAAGCUAGGUCAAUCAUCCCCAUGGUCAUCUUUGAAUUGGAUGUGCCUUCCAAGGAGAUUUUCAAAAGAUUGUUCCUGGAAAAAAAAAAGGAGCAAAGUUUGCCUUAUCCACUGCACAAUAGCACACAGAUUAUAGCUGUCAAAAACUCAAAAUACCACAAAAAUAUUGAUGAGAUUAGGAAAUAUUAUCAAGAACAGCAUCAGAACUGGUAUGUGAUUGAUGGAUUUCACAGCAAAUGGAGGGUAUGGAAUGAAGUCAUUAAGAAAGUUCAAAUGGUGAAUAAAUAUAUGCAGAUAUACCUGGAAAGAAUAAGUGCAGGAAAAGCUGCCUGCAUCGACAAGUUAUGUAUCACACCUCAAGAACUGAUUUCUCGCCUGGGCGAAUUUGGACAGUUCUGCCCUAUCAGUCUGGCAGAAUCACAUGAACUAGUUGAUUGCUCUGUAACUGACUCAUUGGAAUUUGCAGCAGAGUUCAGAGGGCACUAUUAUAAAAUGAGUUCUCAGGAAAAUCUGAACAAAUUUUUGGAGAACCCAGAAUUAUAUGUGCCUCCGUUAGCACCUCAUCCACUACCACCUGCCGACAUGAUCCCCAAAAGGCUGACACUGUCAGAGCUGAAGAGCCGAUUUCCCAAGUGUGCAGAGCUCCAGGGCUACUGUCCAGUGACCUAUCAGGACGGAAACCACAGAUAUGAGGCCCUUGUACCUGGGAACAUUAAAUUUGCUUUAGAAUAUCGUGAUCGUAUAUAUAUUUGUGAGACUAGAGGAAAACUUGAGAAAUUUUUGAGGUCGCCAGAGAAAUACUGGAGCCAGAAGCUUCCGUACAAACUGCCCCCAUUGAAGGAGCCCAUCCAUCUCACGAGUCUUCCUUUGCCUGGAUAUCUGGAACAGGGUAUCGCAACUUCACUAAUUAAAGCAAUGAAUGCAGCAGGAUGCUUAAAGCCCAAAUUCCCCUUCUUAAGUAUAAGGAGAUCUGCACUACUAUAUAUAGCAUUUCACCUAAAAGCCUUCAAUCCCAAAAGUUCUGAAUAUACAAGAAGGAAGUAUAAGAAGAAAUUGGAGCAGUUUAUGGAGAGAUGUGAACUCAUCACAUACCUAGGUGCCAAGAUGACCAGAAAAUAUAAGGAACCUCAGUUUAGAGCCAUUGACUUUGAUCAUAAAUUACAGACCUUUCUCUCUCUUAGAAAUAUAGACCCAGUUAAUGGAUAGUUUGCUUGGGCAACUGCAACGAGGAUGUCAAGAGUUAUCUGAAAGGUAUAGAAGGAAAUAGGUUGAAAAUUUGGCCCUCUCUGCUAUACUUUUUCCCUUCUGAGUGAUACACCAUGGCUGCCAGCCUUCAGAUGCUCUCAGAGCUCUGCCAGCCCAGAAGGAGUGCUCUUCCAGAAGCAUACGUCUUGACGUAAUUUAAAAAUGUAUUGCUCCUUGCCUGAACGUUCAUACUUUAACAACAUAGCUAUUCCAUUUAGAAUAUUUAGGUAACUUAUUUUACUUAAUAAAUCUAUUGUUCAAUUUCCUUUUUAACAUUUUCAGCCUCUGUUAAAGUAAAUUACUCAGUAAAUGAUAGAAAGCUUCAAGAAAGAAAAUUAACAUUGAUAUAAAUAAAAUAGAAACAUUGGUUACACUUUCAACAUAAAGAGUUGUUUGUAAACUUCAUGAGCCUAAGACACUAUCA